AUGGGGGAAAAAGAAGCAUCUUCAAGAACAACACCUUGGCUUGUUUUUCCAUAUGGAAAAGGUAAGAAGAAACAAGCCCUUUAUAAUAUUUGUGAACCAAAUAACACAAAUUGUAUAAAAAUCAUUCCUGAGUUGAGUAGGAAAGCCUUUUGGCAGAAACCUUGUCAUAAAGGUUGGUUAGUUAUUCUAUGUGAUGAUAAUGGUAAAGACGGUGAUGAUGAUGUCGAUGUUAAUCAGUCUUCAAAUAUCCCAAACUGGAAUUAUGGGGAUUACAUCUCUUUCACCUCUUUACCGACUGCUCCAGACUGUAUAGUUUUUGGCAUUGAUGGAAGGGGCUUUGGUAUCACCAUCUACUCGAUUAGAAGAGGAGAACAAGAAUGGGAAGUUGUUAGCUUUGAAGAUUCUCAUGUUGAAAAAUAUUCGCCUUUACGAAAUACUCUGACUUUGUUCGACGGGGUCUUCUACUCUGUAGGUUAUGAUGGAACUUUAAAUAAACUUAACUUAUCGGAUGAUACAUUUGAAUAUCUUAAGAAACCUCUGGAACUUUUUAAUGACUCGUUCCCAAGUUUCUUGGUCAAGUGUGGAGAAGAUCUUCUGUUAGUAAAAUUAUGUCCCAAAAUGUUAGUUAGAAUCUUUAGAAUGGAUUUCUCUGAAAUGGAAUGGGUUAAAGUUGAAAGUUUGAGAAAGCAUGUGUUAUUCAUUAGCGACAUCACUUGUUUCUCAGCAAUCGCUCCAAAUAGUCGGAUGGAGAACAAAGUAUAUUUCCCUAGAUUAUAUCUGGAAGGUGAAGGGAUUUUAUGCUAUUCACUUGAAACAGGAAGUUAUCAUUCUUUUGGUGGUACCUCUCAGCAUUCUGCUACUAAUAACAUAUAUGGCACUAAGGGUUGGCUUUCAAACUGCACUUGGAUUCAGCCUAAUUGGUCCAAGUCCACUGCUCAAGAGCUCGACUGGCUGAACUCUCUUACUUAA